UUGAGCCAACAAACAAAAUUUUCCGACGGCAUUUUGUUUGCCAUUUUUAGUAAUUAGCAGAAAAUAUACAUUGUUUGUUUGUACAAAAAUUGUCUUGCAUCGCACGGAGUGUCGUAUAUAUACGCACAUUUGCUACUCACUUGCAUGUUUGUUACCAAACCAACAUAUGUAUGCACAAUGAGUGCUCAACCAAGUCCCUGCAUAAACCCGCCUCAUCCGCCAACUGAGCAGGAAAAGGUGUACCAAUGGAUCAACGAGUUGGCGCAUCCGGAUACGCGGGAGACAGCGUUGUUGGAGCUAAGCAAGAAACGUGAAACGGAUUUAGCACCCAUGCUGUGGAACAGUUUUGGCACUGCAUGCGCUUUACUCCAAGAGAUUGUUAACAUUUAUCCAUCCAUAACGCCACCAACAUUGACAGCCCAUCAAUCGAAUCGUGUAUGCAAUGCGCUAGCACUGUUGCAGUGCGUCGCAUCGCAUCCAGAAACACGAACUGCCUUUCUACAGGCUCAAAUUCCACUAUACUUGUAUCCUUUUCUAUCGACCAUCUCCAAAACACGUCCCUUCGAAUAUUUGCGUUUGACCAGUUUGGGUGUCAUUGGCGCCUUGGUCAAGACUGAUGAACAAGAAGUUAUUACUUUUCUGCUAACUACGGAAAUUGUGCCACUAUGCCUUACCAUAAUGGAUAGCGGCUCAGAGCUGAGCAAAACAGUUGCCACCUUUAUUAUACAGAAAAUUUUGCUGGAUGAAUCUGGACUGUCAUAUAUAUGCCAGACUUAUGAGCGCUUCUCUCAUGUGGCCAUCACACUUGGCAAAAUGGUGAUACAGCUUUCCAAGGAUCCAUGUGCUCGCCUGCUUAAGCAUGUCGUGCGCUGUUACUUGCGUCUUUCGGACAAUACGCGCGCACGCAAAGCACUUGGACAAUGCCUGCCGGAUCAAUUGCGCGAUGGCACAUUUACUCAGUGCCUGCAAGACGAUAAAUCCACCAAGCAAUGGCUGCAAAUGCUUAUCAAGAAUCUAGAGCUUGGCGUUGUGCAGCCGUGCCCACCCGAUCCACGUCAGAUGGGUAUGCCGCCCAUGGGCUAGAUUAAUAGUAUUUACUAACGUUAGUACAAUAUGUAAUAAAAAAAUAAUAUUAAUAAAGUCAACUACGUAGCCAACUGGCAUGUCCGCAUGUGGU